AUGGAUGCUACGAUGCGGGUUUACAAUGCGACACUCUGGAUUCGACUAGAGCUCAAACUGAAGCCGAAAAGUAAAGCAAACAAAGGUGCUGGUGGUAUGUCCGGAACGGAUAACCAUUGGAGCAUUCACGGUGGCAAUAAGGUGCUGAUACUGUGGGUGUUUCGCAUCAUAAACGGGUCGAAACCGGCGGAAACGAUGAGCAAGGAAGAGGAAUUCUCCAAGCACACGGAAAUGAUCGCCAAGCACACUAUCCCGCACGAGUCCGGGCUCGGUUGGCAGCAGAUCGAUCUGACCAAUGCCGUCCGGCAGUGGCACGGCGAAAAGCGUAACGACAGUCUCAAGCUGUUCGUCGAUUGCUCCGGCUGCGGUAACAAAAUCCGUGUGCACAUCUUCGAGCAUGCGGCCAACCAUCACCAGUUGCACCAUUUCGCGCGCAUCGGUCUGUACAGCAGCCGUAAGCAGAAGCCGCUGGUGAUGAUGAACGGUGCACCGCGUUCGAUGAUGAAGGUAAAGCAUCCCAAAAGUCAGGAACGGAAGGCCAAAUAUGGCGAGGGCACGGAUGAUGACUACAACCGGCCGCAUCUGUUCGUGAGCCUGGACACGACGCAGGUCCGUCGGUUGCGUCGCCGCGCCCUCGACUGCACCGGUGCUCCGAACGAGCAGUGCUGCAAGCAGAAGUUUUACGUCGACUUUAAGGCACUCAAGUGGGACGAUUGGAUUAUAAGACCGCACGGGUACUAUGCGAACUACUGCAAAGGUAGUUGCCAUCUGGUGGAUAAGUUUAGCACCGAGUAUCAUUACGUGAUUGAUCAGUACCGUCGGCAGGGUAAUGUUGGUGGGCGAGGACUGGGCAAGAUGCACCACAAAUCGGGCGGUGGUGGUGCGGGUGGCGCUGCCGGUGGGGCAGGAUUGGCCGGUAUACAUCAAUGCUGCGCGCCGGUAAAGUACUCGCCGAUGUCGCUUAUAUUUUACGGUCCCGAUGGGCGCAUCAUCAAGCAGGAUUUGGCAAAAAUGAUCGUGGAGGAGUGUGGUUGUCCGUGA